AUGAAGAUUCUUCACGUGUUUUUGGCAACAUUGAUAAUUUUCAAUUUAAGCUAUUGCUCGCUUGACUAUGAUGAAGCAAAAUAUAUCAUACAGUAUGAAAAAAAGUUAGAAAAGUGCAUUAAAAAUAUUGGAUUCUUUUCAUGCACUACUUUAGGUAAGAAUGUAGAUGUUUAAUAGAAUUGCCUAAAUGCUCUAAGAACUUAUGAAAAAUGUCUUUAUUCGACAUGUUUUGAUGCUGAGUACAUAGAAUUCAAAUAAGGAGCUAGUUUUAAUUAUACUACGCAAUAUUAUGACUAUGCCUCCUAAAAAUCAGGUGAAUGCAUGAGAGAUCCUAUUGUUAUUAAGUAUUCUAAUAAAUCUUAAUCAACUAAAAAUUAUAUUGAAGAAAAGUAAGACUGUUUUGAUAGAAAUGCAGUUAUAUACGACCCUAAUCAAAAUUUAACUGACAUAAAUGAAACAUAAGCAUAUUGCAAAGUUAAGAAUCCUAAAUGUGAUACUUCCUGCUAAUAGAAUGUAUCUUCAUUUGACUCUUGCAUUGUUUAAGAAGAACAAAAGUUUAUUGUUCAAAAGAACUUUUGGAAUCUUUAAUCCUAGCUAUCUGAUUUCAAGAACUAGAUUUUAUCUAUUUGUGCCAACAAAAUGAAAGCUCAAAUAAAUUUUAGUCCUUAGUUUUAGACUUACGUUCACUAUUAGUUAGUUGAUUAUAUAUGA